AAACAACGCGUCGAUGGCACGUGAGUUGAGUUUUUUUUUUUUUUUUCCAAGGAACGACAUUUAGGAAAAGAUCAAAGUUCCGGCGAUAUUUGCCUAUCGCAAUGCCUCAGUAUGCGGAAAUCGCUGGGAGUACAGUGCGCGACUUUUGCAUGUUGGAACGCAAUUACUUGUCCUACUUCAAGCUAGUCUUGUUGUUACUGCUGCUUUUGUGUUCCUCGCUGCUGGGUACUCGCUUACCUGCGCCAUCAGAGUCAGAUGGAGGCCAUGCCUCGAUGGGUGGAGUGAGGCUGCCUAUAGCGAUCCUGCUGUACAUCGCAGCCUUACUCACCGUAGCCGCAGCGGUGUGGGAGUAUCAUACCGGUGUGAAGUGUUUGCUCAAGGUUCGGGCUUUCUUAGCGGGAACCAGGAUACAUUUAUCCCUUAUGUCAGUGGUUUCCGUCAUUGCGGCAACAACUUGCAUCGUGUAUCUUGCAAGCGAGAACCGAUAAGGCCGUGCGAAAUCGUCCCACACCUUCCGAUUCAUCUAGUAGUGCAAGGCGCCCCGAGGACUAUCAGGAUCAACUAUCUUACCACAUGUUGUACUGUAUGGAUCACAUUUCGUUGCCUAGUCAUGCAUUAUCGAGCAUAUUAGGCCAGCUACUCUCAUAAAUAGCUCAGGUCAAUACUUA